AUGUCGCCUCGUCGUUCCUCUCGAGCUCGCACCACACAACCGUCACCAGCCCUACUCCAGCACACAAAUUCUAACAGCUCGGGAAACUCCCUCGGUCGCGGCGACCGCAAUACUCGUGCGAAUAAUCACAAAAUAUCCUCGCCUCAGAGAUCGUCCACGCAGCGAUCGCAGUCCCUCGACGACUCGGACGGCAAACUCGAUCAACCCCAGACGCGCCAGCGCCAACGUGUGCGAGACGAAGACAAUGGCGCUCCUCCUGGCCCCAACGGGGAUAUCGGAGACGAAGACGACGAUGAGAAUGAGGAGGAGGAAGUAACAAGGUGUCUGUGUGGACAACAGGAAUACCCCGGUCUUCCACCUUCCCGCCAGGAUGCCACCGCUCGCAACGACCCCCCUCAGGUCGGAGCCAAAGACAGCACCAAUAUUGCGACAAUAGAGUCCGACCCCCUCAGCGAAGAGCCUGGGAGCAUGUUUAUCCAGUGCGAUUCAUGCAAGGUGUGGCAGCACGGUGGCUGUGUUGGAAUCAUGGACGAGGCGAUGAGCCCCGAUGAGUACUACUGCGAGCAGUGUCGCAAGGAUCUACAUAAUGUCAUCAAUGAGUCAAAUGGCCAGCUCUCGUCUCAAUACCUACCCGUCGCGCCGGUCUCCAGCCCGCGGUCUCCGUCUCGCGAGUCAUCAAGAGACCGCUCUCACUCAUCACGCGAUACAAAAUCCAGACACAACGACAACCCCAAACGGCGCUCUACAAUGAACAGUCGAGAUGCAGCGUACGAUGAAGAGGAGCUGCUUCGACGAGCCAUCGAAGAGAGCAAAGAAGAGACGAGAAUGAGCAAUGACGAAACGAGCUCGCGAAGAACGAAAAGAAGCCGCAGCGAUAGCGAAGCGAACAGGCAAGCCGCCGUCAAACGUCCACGCACGAGCUCCCCAUCUCCGUCCGCCUUAUCCAAGCAAAGCAUUCCCGGUUCACAACCAGUGUCUGAGGACGAGACAAAAACAAAAAUGAACGGUGCCAACAGACCCAAAAGAGCUCCUCCGCCUCGCAGUCAGCGAGAGAAAGAGACCAAAGAGCCGGAAGAACAAGAAGCAGAACGAGUAGACCCUGCCGCACGCAGGAAAUCCCGCUCUGAGAAGAAAAGAGGAGAUGAAUCCGACCGUGAAGCCGAAGCAUCACCCACGAAACCCCCUCCUACAUCGGCUCCUGUGGUCGCUGAACAGCCUGAGCCUUCAGAAGCCACGCCGGAAACGCCCGUCCAGCCCGCAGAACCAACCCCCGCGCCACGUCAAUCAACACGAAAGUCUGGCCGCCCUCCAGCGCGCCGAGGAGGUCGGGUAGGACGCAAUCAAUACACACGGGAGCGCGAUGUCAAUGGAGAUAGCAACAACUCCCCAAACUCACCUCACGGAGGACCGUUCCGUGAUAAUGGCCGAGACUCGCCUAACCUGAGCGGGCCCAACGGGGUUCAAGCAAACGGGACCGACUCUGGCAAGACCGGGAAGGCUCGUCACUUGAACCCCAAUCGCACCUCGAUGAGCGAGAUGAAACGGCGCGUGUCCGCGAUUCUAGAUUUCAUCUCGCGCAUGCAAGUCGAGAUGGCUGCAAGCGGGGAAACGAUAACACCCCCCGACAGCAAUGGGAAUGGGAGCAGUUCUCGCACGUCCUUGGUCAAGGGCGUUCAGGAGCAACUAGGAAAUCUCCUAGCGAUGAAUGGCGAAGGCGCCUCUACCGACAGCUCUACCGCAUCUGUGACCAGUGGCGAAGCUACAGGAAAGGAGCCAGACUUUAAAGAACUGAGCAGUGUCGAGAUGAUGGAUGUUCUUACUCGCCAUCUACUCAAGUGGCAGCAAGAAUAUGGGAAAUAUGGCGAGAAAUGA